UGUAAAUGUUAUGCCAGAGAUACGUUGAACAGUGUUAGUGAUAAAACCAUGCAUGAUCUGCAUCAAACUACAAUGGAGAAGACGUGUUACCUCAGAGAUCAGGGCUUUAAUGUUAUCGAAGUAUGGUAGUGUGACAUCACACAAGAAUUAAAAUACGACGAAAAUAUGAGGAAUUUCUUCCAAAAUUACGAUAUAGUUGAUCCUUUGGAACCUCGUGAUGCUUUCUUUGGUGGUCGAACCAACGCUGCCAAACUAUUUCACGAGUGCAAAGAUGACGAAAAAAUAAGCUAUUUAGAUUUCACUAGUUUAUACCCCUAUGCAAAUAAGACAACGCGAACAGUCGUCGGUCAUCCUCAUAUCAUCACUGAGAAUUUUGAGGAAGAUAUCUCCAAUUACUUUGGGUUGAUCAAAUGUACAGUUCUGCCACCUCGUGGUCUCUUCCACCCUGUCCUACCUUAUCGUACACAGGGAAAGUUGAUGUUCCCCUUAUGCAAGUCGUGUGCAGAUGUGUGUAACCAAUCCCCAUGCACCCAUUCCGACACCGAAAGAUCCAUUCAAGGAACCUGGUGCAGUGUAGAGUUGGAGAAAGCCUUGGAGAAAGGUUACGUAAUUCUGAAACUCCACGAAGUAUGGCAUUUCCCACAACAAUCUGAUGAACUGUUUAAGGAUUAUAUCAAUACGUUUCUGAAAAUCAAACAGGAAGCGAGUGGUUACCCAAAGAAUUGCACUAUAGAGGAACAGAGACGCCUUUAUGUUGAGGAGUACUACGAGCGAGAAGGAAUCCGUUUGGAUCCGUGCAAAAUUGAGCAUAAUCCCGGGCUUCGUGCGCUGGCAAAACUGAUGCUUAACUCAUUUUGGGGCAAGUUUGCACAACGUCCCAACAUGUCAAAGGUAGAAUUAAUCGCAGACCCCCAAGUUUACUUUGACUACCUAACCUCAGAUGAAAUCAAUGUUCUUGACGCAAAUUUCGUCAAUGAUGAAGUGAUUGAAAUCCACUAUGAAAACAACGAAAAUUUCAUCGCACCAAAUUCAAAAACGAAUGUUGUUAUCGCUGCUUUCACCACUGCCUACGCUCGCCUCAAACUCUACGAUGUUCUGGAUCAACUUCAAGAAAGAGUUCUGUAUUACGAUACUGACUCAGUGAUAUUUGUCAGUCAACCUGGUGAUCCAAUGCCUCCCACUGGUCCGUACCUCGGUGAACUUACAGAUGAAUUAAAAGGAGAUUACAUUACUACGUUCAUUUCAGGUGGUCCAAAGAAUUACUGUUACCGCACAAAUUCAAACAAAGUUGAAACAAAGAUACGCGGUAUCACAUUGAAUUGCACCGCAAGGCAAAAUGUUAACUUUGAGGUGAUUAGUACUUUGGUGUACCUUCAUGCAAAGUGUAAUGUCGCAGGGCAAGUAUCGGUAGAUAUCCCAUUCAAGAUUACUUGCAACACCAAAACAAAGGAUAUAGAGACCAAACGCAUGAAAAAGGACUAUCGUAUUGUUUACGACAAACGUGUUAUUAUCGAUGAAUACAAAACACUUCCUUAUGGAUUCUAA